AACCGCUCGGUCGGCUCGGUUCGCUGCGGGAGUGCCUGGGUCCGCACAGUCAUGCUCUCCCUGUGGUCGGCGCGACCCGGCCUGGCGCUCACCGCGCUGGCGCUGCUCCUGCUGCUGGGCUUCGGCCCUGAUAGCAUAAGUGGAAAUAAACUCCGGUUGAUGCUUCAAAAACGGGAAGUUCCUGCACCAACUGCAGCUCAAGUGGCCGUGGAAGAGAACGAAGCCAAAGAUUUCCUCGGCAGUCUGACCCGCCAGAAGCGGCAGCUGUGGGACCGGACCCGGCCUGAAGUCCAGCAGUGGUACCAGCAGUUCCUGUACAUGGGCUUCGACGAAGCGAGAUUUGAAGAAGAUGUGGCCUAUUGGCAACACCGUGGCCAUAAUGGACGUGACUACUAUGAUCACUACCAGCGUCACUAUGAUGAAGAUGCUGCCAUUGGCCCCCGGAAUCCCCACAGCUUUCGGCAUGGAGCCAGCGUCAACUAUGAUGACUACUAGCCAUCAACUACCACAGUGCCUAUGAGAAUCACGGAAAUCCUCUGCUUUAAGCCUUGUACCAAGUGGUUUCUGUUUGUUUCAUUCCAGCCACUCUUUUCU